AUGGCGACCUCAAAUAAGGACCAGAGGCAAGAUGAGCCAAGUUCCGCGCCGAUUGAACUGUUCUCCGCCCGCGGCGGGCAACUUCCACCUGUGGGAUUAGACACAGUCAAGCAAGACAGUUCUGAAGAUGGCAAAGAGGCGAAAGAAAUCCUUAGCUCGUCAAAUGACUUGCACCCUGGAACCCCUCAGGCGUCAGCAGAGGAUGGAGAUAUGCGGGUGCUUGGAUCUCCCAAAAUAUCAAAGGUUAGAGGUGUAAUAGUUAUUAUUACUUUGGCUGGCAUAAGUUUCUUAAACACCAUGGGAUCUGGUAUUCUCAUUGCCGCGCUACCCCGGAUAGCUAAGGAUGUUGGUCUCUCUGAGAGCUUGAUCCUCUGGCCAGCAGCAGUUUAUGCCCUGGCCGCAGGUUGUCUGCUUCUGAUAUUUGGUGCCGUGGCCGAUGUUAUUGGGGCCAAGUUGAUGUGGGUUGUUGGAAGCUACCUCUUCGUUAUAUUCUCACUGGCUAUUGGAUUUUCUCAGACGAGCAUACAGAUUAUCCUAUUUCGAACUUUCCAAGGUGCCGCAAUAUCCAUGUGUCUACCUACCGCGGUAAGUCUCAUUACCAAUACGUUUGCUAAAGGCCCAUGGCGUAAUGUUGCCUUUGCUAUGAAUGGAAUGGGACAGCCCCUUGGUUAUGCUGCUGGGUUGGUGUUGGGGGGUAUUUUCACAGAUACUAUCGGCUGGAGAUGGGCCUAUUACAUGAUGGGAAUUAUCAAUUUCUGUCUCUCCACGGCUUCUAUAUGGUCCCUACCAUCGGUUCACCAGCAUUCCGAUAAGUCAUGGAACCGCCGUCUUACCGAAGACAUCGACUGGCUCGGGGCAAUUAUAAUGAGCGCUGCACUGGGUCUGUUGAUGUACGUCCUAGCUAUGACGACAUCCUCUUACAAGAGGGUAGGGAAUGCUCAGAACGUCGUCUUACUUGUGGUAUCAAUCCUCUUGCUUGCAACUUUCCCUUUUUGGAUGAGGUUCCAAGUGAAAAGAGCGAGACCUGCACUUAUUCCAAACAAAUUAUGGAAAAAUAGCGCUUUUUCUUCAAUCUGUGCUUCAGUAUUUUUCUGCUGGGCCUCCCUUAACGGGAUUGAGUACUUUACAACUCUUUAUUUCCAGAAGGUAGAGGGCAUAACUGCAUUUCAGAGUUCCAUCCGUUUCCUCGCGCAUAUAAUAAUGGGCACCUGUGUCAAUAUUGCGACGGCAUAUCUCAUCUCCAGAGUCAAGGUCCAGACCCUUGGUGUUGUUUCGGCUUUGGUAACCAUGAUUGCACCCAUUCUCAUGGCAACGAUCAAAGUUGGAGAAAACUACUGGUUCUCGCCGUUUUGGGCGUUAUUUCUAUCACCCGUCAAUCCUGAUGUGCUUUUCACAGUAUCCAAUCUAGUCAUCUCUGACGCAUUUCCUACGGAUAUUCAGUCUUUGGCUGGAGGGGUAUUCAACGAAGUUGCGCAGUUUGGAAACUCAGUUGGUCUUGCAGUUACAGCUUCUAUCGCUGCAUCAAUAUCAGACCAUAAAACCAUCCAGGACCAUAAAGAGAGGCUUAUGUUGGGCUAUAGAGGCGCUUUUUGGACCAUAUUUUCGAGCUGUGCUCUUGUCGUGAUCAUUUCGUUCUUUGGUCUACGAAAGGGGGGAACUGUCGGGAAGAAAGAAGAAUAA